UUGAAAACCAUUGUUCAGUGGUAAACCAGCUGUCUUACUAAUCGAUUUACGGUUUUCCUUUUCUCCAGCAAAUACACAACAGCACAAUGUACACUUCGAUGUUUCCCUUCAUUUUAUAUAAAAUUCUGUGUUUCUGUCGUUUUUCACAAUUGUGCGCUUUAUAUCACCUCUCGUAUGUUGCAUGAAAGAAAUGAGAUGCAAUAAAAUUUAUUAAUUUUUUUAAGGCGUGAAUUAGCUUUUCAGGCUGUUACAUGAAUUUCGCGUGUCAUAUUAUCCAGAGAACAAUGUCGCGCUGCAUGAUAACACACAUGGUUACAAUUAUCAUUAUGCUUAAGAUAACACGAUAAUUAUACAUAACAAUCAUCGAUAAUUCACUCGAAAUUAGUCAAUGGAUUUUUAUUUUUACCUAUCGAUCGCAUUUACCGACCACGUGUAUAUAACGCAAGAUUUCAUUGGUUGUUCAUCUGGAAAGGAAUUCUUAAACACCGUCUAUAUUUGACAACUAAGCCUUGCAGUAGUAUGUGUAAAUUCAGCAUUAAAUGGCCGAUGUUUCGCAUAAAUUGACAACAAGGACACAUAUGGCGGACUUCAGUAUUAAACAAAUUGUGACUCUUGGCGUGAUGGAUCGUAUAUUUAUUGAACAAGUAGUGUUAAAGAUCUCGUGUUUGUAAGGUAUACAAUGUGACAUUCCAUGGAUUUCUCAGGUGUUUACAUCCGCUGGACACGGUGAAUGAUGGAUAAUAUCGGCAAAGGCGCCGGGCUAGGCUCCCACACGGACGGGGCGUUCGAGAGAUUUUUGACAGCCGCCAUCGCUACAAUAAUUACUAUUUUGUUCUCGUGGAGGCUACUGGAGGAGGAACAGAAUCAGGUUGACAAUGGACGCCCCCAACAAAAAUUCAGAUCAAAGCAGUUAACACAAACUGAUAUAAAACCCGAUAAAAACAGUGAACUUGAUCAUGCAAAAGAAACCAUUGUGGGUAAUUCUACCUCUCAGUGCCCCACAGCCGAAGUGUCAAAUUCGGCCGACCUAGUAUCGAAAUGCGCCACAAACGACGGCUCGGGGCCAGAAGAUUACUGUGUUUCGGAUGAUGAAGACGAUAGCCCUACCUGGGCCAACUACAGCUGGGAAGAGGACAUGUACGGUGCCGUACACACCCGACGGUCAGCAAGAGACUUUAUCUCGUCUGCCAAAGCUUUGAAGGACAGUGAAAAAAGUUCACCUGACGAAUAUAGUGAUUUUUCACCACCCAUGUCAAGUCAAAUGCUGGAGGAAAUGUAUGUAAAUAGUGAGUACAGAAGUGCCGUUGAGGACUCGGAAAAUCAUAUGGAGAUAACUGACAGUAGCAAUGAGGAAGAAGAGGAUGAAAGUGAUGAAGGGGAGUUUGAGUGUAGUUCACCUGAUGAUAAUCAAAUCUAUUGUCCACAAACAUUAGCGCCUAUCAUUGAGGAAGAUUCGGACGAUGAAUUUGAUGACUCGGAUGAAAGUGAAAGCGAAAAUCUAUCUCCCAGGAAUGAAACUGAAAAUAUACCUGAAGGAUUGAAUGAAAGAGAUUUUCUCGGUGAAAAAGAGCAAUCAACACACGAAGUUGAGGCACAUUUUCACAGUAGUUGCGAACAGUCAAAUACGGAGGCUUUAACGCCACCUAUUGUGACAAACGAAGAAAAGCAGCACGACUGGAAUUUAAAUGUUAACGAGACUGAAAGCAAAGAAUGUGGGGAGUUUGAUUCAAAGUCGGAUAUAAUUACUGCUAACAAUCGGCCCGAAAAUCUGACAUAUUUUGAUUCAGACGAAGCGGAACUUAUGUGCAAUUCACCUGUGCGAACGUGUGCAAUUGAGGAUGACGAAAAUCUCUCAGACGAAUCGUGCAGUACUUGUAGUAGUAGUGCUUCUGUAAUGACAGUUGUAAGUGUCAACACGUGGGAAUUAAACAAAACGAAAGAGAAAGUCGAAAUUCAGCAAACUAGUCAAGCGUGCUCUAUUUUAUCUGAAUGUGAAAAGGUCAAAGACCCAACAAAUGAAAGCCUACUUGCUUUUAUACACCAUGUUGAAAGCCCUUCAGAGGACAGCUGCAAAUCUGACUUAACAAAAUCAAGCCAAUCAACGAACACUAUCGAUAGAGAUUUAAACUCAGAAGUACACACAGAUUUAGAAGUUACCAUACCCGGGGAUUUACAUGCCACAAACAAAAAACAAAGAGCUGCAAGCGAUUUGGAUUAUGAUGAAUUUGUGCAGGAUAUCAGUGAUCAAAGCGAAUUCAGAAAAGACGGAGAAAGAAAUAGAUUCAACGAAAAUGGACAAAUAAAUCCUAGUUUUCUUGAGGAAAUUAGGAAUAGUUUACUACAUGACAACAGAUUUGACGAUGAUGUCGAACCUCGAGAGUACAACCCUUUUGAAGAUGAUUUUUGCGAUUCUGGCGAAGAAACAGACGAUAGCGAUUCGUUCUUUAUGGUUGUCGGAAAUAACGGGCAUCUGAGAAAUUUUGAAACUGUUAACAACCUGAACAUCGCCGGACUAUCGCAGCCCUGUGAAGACUUGAGGGCUCUUAUGCGUAGUCCUAAUCAGUCGUUAGUAUAUUCUAGAACUGAAGAUAUAACCAUCGAGCAAAGGAGCAGAUAUUUCAUGAGAGAACGAAAUACUGAUACUGAAAAUAGUGCAGAGUACUUGAACAAUAUCAAUGAAAUAGAUCUAGUCAUACGCGAGUCAAAUGAACGUUUGAAUGAAUGCCCAGUUAUUUCGGAGAGUGCUUAUCCUUCGGAAGACCUUGAGAAAGAAACACUACAUAAAUCAGACAAUUGUGACGGUCCUUACAAAGAAGACGUUAUUAUUAUUGAUGAGAAAACACGGCUUCUUAACGAAGCCAACGCAGCCUCAACAAAUAUUGAUUUCAUCCAGCAUCAUAAUGCAUCAGCUGUCGAAAUUGAAAACAUUCGAUCAUACACAACGUUAAGUUUGCAGAAAGAUAACGCAGACCAUGAUGAAAAUCGUGACAAGAAUUUAAUACAGCGUGCUAAUCAACGAGAUGAAAUCAGUGAAAGCAAAGAAAUUAAUCCUCCUUGUACUAAAAACGUCUUACAUAUUUUAGAGGAGGAUUUAACCCCAGAAACACAAAGUAAUAAUCAGGAACAAAAUCUAUCAAAUGAACAACCAGAAAACACAGAGCAGGAUCAAAAUAAGGAAAAAUUAAUUGACAAAACAAAUAUUGAUAAAGAUACUGUUGACAUUAUUGACAAUAUGCGCGAUCCAGAUAAAAAUGUGUCAAUUCAAACAAGUCCUAAUGAAACUUCAGUAGAAGAGAUUACAUGUUCUUCAGAACAAAACGUACAAGCCCCCUCCAACUUGUCAGAGAAUCCCGAGCCAAUUCAGAGUGAUUUAUCAACAACAGAUAAUAAAGUCUUAGACGCCAAUAGUAAUGUUAAAAAUUUACUUCACAUCGAAGAAGAGCCUCUGUCUUGCGAUAUUGUGAAUUCUAAAGUAGAAACCUCUCCAAAAUCGGAUAAGAGACGUACUGAAACAACGUUUGACACUAUUGAGCCGGAUGAAUGGAAAUCCGAUUUGGACAUCAUGAAGCCCUCUAAGCCAAUUGAUCAAGCUGUGUAUGAUCAAAACUUGGAAAUAUGGAACAAAUAUUUGGACAAGUCAGCAACAAGUCGUGUUGCCCAUACACCUCUACAGAAACCGUCCUCGUUUCGACGUGAUUCAAAGGGUGUAAAAGCUAAGCUAAGCAAACACCUUCAAAAGAAGAGACCUCCUAUUGUUUACGAGUCAGUUCUUCUUGCCCCAGUUGCAGAGCCGGAAAAGAAAACUUUCGUUUUCGAGUUACCGAAAAAUGUCCCUCUGUCCCGACAAAAAAUAUUUGCUAUGCGACACAAAUUUUUGAGCCAAGAAUGUUUGGCGCCAAGUCCUAUGCAUGACAAAUUCGCAUCGCACAAAGCCUCACUUACCUCAAUUCCCAGAACUGGGCGCUAUAAAAAGCGUGAACUUUCCUCAUCGCGAAAUUCUCUUAGAAAUUCCAGUAUAGAACGGAUAGAUCACAUAAGCAACAUGUACUCAUCUCGCCUUUCAUGGGACGAAUCAUUUGAGAAAAGAGAACUUCAUUCCCUGCAUGAAAAUUGCAUGUUUUCACCCGAAAUUCAUGAAGAAAUUCUUAACACAACUGAAUCCAUUGACCAUUUAAAUAGUAGUUUUUCAGUGAGUGGGUCAGAUAUGAUGCGAUAUAGUUCUAUGGCAUCUCUUGUUGAAACGGACAUAGAUACUGGUGAAACGACAGAAACACUUUUUGUUUACCCUGAUUCUGAUGUUGAAUAUGACUUUGAUUUUCAGAGUUCCAUCAAGAGAGCA